GGGAUCAACUCAAUAUCACAUUUCUUGUAUCCAAUAUUCCGCCGCUCUCAUUGUUUAAGUCAUGCGUCCUAUUGUCUCUAUGACCAUUUCUCGUGAUGGCUAUUCACUGGGUGUUGCUCGUUUCCGGAGGCUUCCUCCUCCAGUUCCUCUUAGUGUAGAGACUUUGACUAAAAUGCUCGGAAAGAUACCUCCCGAAGCACAUAGAAGUCUGCUUGGUGAGAAUCUAUAUCCUUUGGUGGAAAAACAUCAGCCAUUGAUGGUAGCAAAAAUCACAGGAAUGCUUCUUGAGUUGGACCAAACCGAAUGCCUUCGCUUAAUUGAAUCACCCGAAGCGCUCAAACUCGCGGUCGAAGAGGCAGUUAAAGUUUUAGAGGACUGGAUUCCCAAACAAAGCGCUGAGGAGCUCCGAGCCUCCUUUAUCACAGCUAAGGCUAAGAUGUGAUGUGUAACUUUGGAUUAUAUUUCUAUGCUCUAUGUUGAGUUUAUAAGUCUUCAUUUCUGUUUCAAAUAAUAAUAAUAAUAAUAAAAACUCUGAUUUCUAUCAUUAUUAUAUAUGAUGUAAGAUCAAUGUUUGAAGGGAAAAUUAUCUGAAUGAAAAAUAGUUUUAUUAUAUCCAAAUAAAUAA